UUUUGCUUGCAGAUUCUCUUACUCCAGCUAUUAAUACUGAAACACUCUCUCCCUCGCCAAAAAGGUGCUUGCUUUGUCAUUGUCUCUCACUUGGGGUGUUCUGUUUUCCUUCACUGAACUGAAAAAAAAACACUGAAGGGAAAAAAGGCUUGAACUUGAGAAUGGAGCAUGUGGGUCGGUGAGGAAUUGUUGUUGUUAUUGUUCACUUUUGGUGGGGUGGUUUCGGAUCCAACUGGGUCUUCUGCUUUUGUGCUUUUGUUUCCCUAGAAAAUCCUUAUGGGGAACAUUUAUGUGGCACAUUUGGUGGUGGUGGUGGUGGUGUUUUGCUUUUUGCCAUGCUUGUGUCAAGGUGAUUCAGAUGAUGCUACUACCUCUGAUGUGUAUGUUGUUACUCUGAGACAUGCUCCUGUUUCUCAUUACUAUGGUGGGUUGAGAAGAGAGGUUAAUGGCUUCAAAGAUGCUGCUGCUGCACCUGGCAGAACUCAAUUUAAAAAACCAAGAAGGUAUGGCAAUAUUACUAAGACAGAUAAGAGAUAUGGCUCUUACAUUUCUCGGGUUCAUGAUUCUUUGUUGAAGAAAGUGUUAAAUGGAGAGAAAUAUCUGAAGCUCUAUAGCUACCAUUACCUGAUAAAUGGAUUCGCGGUGCUGGUUACCCAACAACAGGCAGAGAAACUAUCAAGGAGUAGUGAAGUGUCCAAUGUGGUUUUGGAUUUUUCUGUAAGGACUGCGACUACGCAUACACCACAGUUUUUGGGUCUGCCACAGGGAGCAUGGUUUCAAGAUGGUGGGUUUGAGACUGCUGGAGAAGGAGUUGUUAUAGGGUUCGUUGACACCGGCAUAGAUCCAACACAUCCUAGUUUUGAUGAUAACAAAUAUGAAAAGCCGUAUCCCGUUCCUGCUCAUUUUUCUGGCAUCUGUGAGGUUACUCGCGACUUUCCAUCUGGUUCUUGCAAUAGGAAGCUUGUUGGGGCCCGUCAUUUUGCAGCUUCUGCCAUAACCAGAGGAAUAUUUAAUUCGACUCAGGACUAUGCUUCUCCCUUUGAUGGUGAUGGCCAUGGAACGCACACAGCAUCUGUUGCAGCAGGAAACCAUGGGAUUCCAGUGAUUGUUGCUGGACAUCACUUUGGGAAUGCUAGCGGGAUGGCUCCUCGUUCACACAUUGCUGUUUACAAGGCACUAUACAAAAGCUUUGGAGGAUUUGCUGCAGAUGUUGUUGCAGCUAUUGACCAGGCAGCUCAGGAUGGGGUUGACAUAAUAAGCUUGUCUAUUACUCCCAAUAGACGUCCUCCUGGUGUUGCAACCUUCUUCAACCCAAUAGACAUGGCUUUGCUGUCAGCUGUGAAGCAAGGUAUUUUUGUAGUUCAAGCAGCAGGAAAUACUGGACCAUCACCAACAAGCAUGUUCUCCUUCAGUCCAUGGAUCUAUACUGUUGGUGCUGCCUCUCAUGACCGGGUUUAUAGCAACUCCAUAUUUCUUGGAAAUAAUGUGACCAUACCUGGAGUUGGUCUUGCACCUGGCACAGAUGAAAGCAAACUUUAUAAACUGAUUCAUGCACAUCAUGCUUUGAGCAAUGACACCACAGUUGCUGAUGAUAUGUAUGUUGGUGAGUGCCAAGAUGCAUAUAAGUUCAAUAAGAGUUUGAUCAAGGGAAACCUCUUGAUGUGCAGCUAUUCAAUUCGAUUUGUGCUGGGACUCUCCACCAUCAAACGGGCCUCAGAAACAGCCAAAAACCUGAGUGCAGCUGGUGUUGUGUUCUAUAUGGAUCCCUUUGUGAUUGGUUUUCAGCUUAACCCUGUUCCAAUGAAAAUGCCUGGCAUAAUAAUUGCUUCCACAAAUGAUUCCAAGGUUUUAACGCAAUACUACAAUUCUUCGUUGGAAAUAGAUGCAGUUUCAAAGAAAAUUGUUAAAUUUGGGGCUGUUGCCACUAUCUGCGGUGGACUGAAACCAAACUACAGCAAUGUUGCCCCAAAGGUUAUGUAUUACUCUGCCAGAGGACCAGAUCCAGAGGACAGUCUUCCUCACGAAGCUGACAUUUUGAAACCUAACCUGUUAGCUCCGGGAAAUUUUAUAUGGGCUGCUUGGAGUUCUGUUGGCACUGAUUCAGUUGAAUUCCUAGGUGAGAAUUUUGCAUUGAUGUCUGGCACAAGCAUGGCUGCACCACAUGUUGCUGGUCUUGCUGCACUAAUUAGGCAAAAGUUCCCCAAUUUCAGUCCUGCAGCUAUUGGAUCUGCUCUUUCUACUACAGCCUCUCUGUAUGACAAGAGUGGUGGGCCAAUAAUGGCUCAGCGAUCAUAUGCCUCUCCAGAUCAAAACCAGUCUCCGGCAACUCCUUUUGACAUGGGAAGUGGUUUUGUGAAUGCAAGUGGAGCACUGAAUCCGGGUUUGGUUUUUGAUUCUGGUUAUGAUGAUUACAUGUCAUUUCUAUGUGGAAUCAACGGUUCAGCUCCCGUGGUGCUAAACUACACGGGCCAAAAUUGCGCGCUCUAUAACUUGACUGUCUAUGGUCCUGAUCUGAACCUGCCCUCAAUCACUAUAUCAAAGCUGAACCAAUCCAGAAUAGUGCAGAGGACAGUCCAAAACAUUGCUCAAAAUGAAUCUUACAGUGUUGGUUGGACUGCUCCUAAUGGGGUUUCAGUGAAAGUGUCUCCAACUCACUUCUGUAUUGGCAGUGGUGAGAGGCAGGUCUUGUCUGUGCUCUUGAAUGCAACCCUUAGCAGCUCUGUGGCCAGCUUUGGGAGAAUUGGGCUGUUUGGGAAUCAAGGUCAUGUGGUCAACAUUCCACUUUCAGUCAUGGUUAAAAUCUCAUCUAACACUACUACUAGCUAACUGGGGAUGUCACGUAUUCUUGUUAAAAGUAAAUUCAUUUUGGGACAAAAUUUGGAUGAAGUUUUUUAGGUGCUUUUAGUGUUUUUGAAUCAGAGUUAGAGUUUCAUCUCGAUAAUUUGCCUAAUAAAGUAUUUGCAUUAAAUGUUAAUAUAGAUUAUUGAGGUGAAAUUCUAAUUUGGAUUGGAGAACAAUACUAAAAUCAUCUAAUGAAUUGCAUUUUAGUUUUGUUCUUCAUUUUGUUUUGUAUGUGAUUUUUUCUUUCUUUCUUGGGUCCGAAGAUGCAUUAGCUAUUUUUUCAUUCAUUAUAAUGUAAAGAAGCUAAAGGUUCUUGUAAAGAUAUAGAUGUGACCAGUCCUUGAUUAGUGUUAACUUUCUCUUUCGCCAUGAUUGUUGAUUACUUGAUACACAGUUCUUAUGGGAGAUGUAGUGUUUGUUUGGAUGAA